AUGUCGACCCCUGUCGCAGUAUCCCCUCCAUUUACUCUGGUCACACCAACAGUACCGCCCCCCCCCACAACAGACUUAGCAUCUCUAUCGGCGCGAAAUGCUGGAGUAUGCUGCUUCAGAAACAAUUCCUCUCUGCCUAUUCUUUCCUUUCUCCAUAAUGAAGCGGAUUCCCUCAAAAGUGCCGUGCGAACAUCCACGGCAUCCGGCGGAGGUGUAUCUCCCCGUGCCACGGGCUUACGGGUGUAUGAGGAUCCGGCUGAACGUCAUCCGCAGCGUCUACCACACAUAAGCAGGCAAAAGACACAGAUUACGUUACCAGCAGCUUAUGGAUCUACCGCUUCAUCGUCGCACUCUCGCCAUACCAGGCCAGAUGUGGCAGGAGUGAUACAUAGGUAUGAGAGGAUAUUCCAUGCCCGGCUCUCCCACGGACUGCAUGACCCGUUUGGGAAUGUCGCUUCUUCACAAUCUUCAGGUUCUUCGCAUCCACGCUCAUCGUCAGUAACAGAUCCUUUUCAUGCAUCCUUUGUACCGGUGGCAGGUUUGAGCGGAGAUUACCCCGUGAAUUUAUCGCGUCACGGAGAUGUGCAGGAAGUAUACCCCAAUCUCAGUUCUUUUCUUGAUACAGCAGCUGUGCGGCACUCUCUGCAACUCACUGCAUCGCUGCGUUUUGACAAAGAUGCACGACAGUGGCAUCUUGAGAGAGAAGACUUGCUCCGGGAGCUGCGACGUAUCCCGCCUCUGCACAUCGACGAAGCUCUAGGAGAGGCCGGCGCACGUACUUGUAGGGGGACACUCACAAAUGGAGACCUAUCAGCGCUUCCUCUCAAAAGGAUACCUCCUCUUCUCCAAAACCCCGUCCUGACUGCUCCAGAGUACCGUCUGAUAAAGUUUCUCUCGGUUCUCCAGCACAGGCAAUUCCCUGUCGGUAGCCCCAGGGACACAAAAUUGCCUCUCCACGUUCUUCUUCAGUUGCCGGGCACAGUCGUGUCAGCCGGAGUGGCCAUGCUAGAAGGAAAUCAAUGCAGUUCGAUUUCGAUCGAAUCCGAGGCAGAGCAGCUUCAGCUUCAACUGUCAACCGGGGAGUCUCUACCCGUCUCUAGUCUGUGUCAAGUGCCUGAGGGAAGUUGUCACUUUUUCUCUCGCCGACAACGUCAACACUUCGCUGCUCUUUUCCGGCAGAUUAUGGGCUGUUGCCGUCUUCUCAUCCACGCGCCCGGAGAGCGGGCGGCUCGUGACGGAACAACAGACUGCUCUUUCGGUCCGGAGAAGCGCGCAGACGACACCACUAGUGGCGGCUUUCUUCGAGCUCUGGCGGGAAACUCCCUUGCGGCGCUUGAACAGGAUCGCCAGGAGUUAGAGGAGGACCGGCUAGCAUGGCAUCGAGAAACUGGUGACGGAGAGUCGGCGGAAGAUGGAAGGGAUGCACUUUGGUGGCGCGCAGUUUACUAUGCCUUCCGCACAGGCGACCUUAAAUGCCUCAUCGCCCUUGGCGCGGGAGAUUUCUUGCCUCCUGGAGGGUGCACGUUCCGACAGGCGUGCGAGGCACUACAGGCUGCCGCGUUGGAACCGGCAGACUCCGAGUGUCAGAGGGAGGCGGGAAAGGAAAGCAACGCGCCAAGCGAUCGCGGAGGUUCCCUGCCUCCUCAACCACCUCUGUUGCCUUUCGUCUGUCGCCAUCUCCUCUCUCUUGUUCUAUCUUCAUCCGUCGAAGCCAACAGACGCAACCUGCCGGAUGUCGCGGUCAAUGAAGAGGAACGGAAAAAUGUGGCGGAAAUGCUCGCCGCCCUCCCCUCUGCAGCUUCCUUGCGACCUCCGUCCCUGUCAGUCAUCCUUGGGCGGUUGCUUCUUCUGUAUCCACCUGAGAAUGUAGCAAUCGGAGAAACCAACAGGACAACGCAAAAACAUACCCGUCGGGCCAAGGAUCCUUACCUGCCUCUUCUCCUGUCUCUGAUCAAUCCCACCAUGUGGCCCCCAGUCAAUGCCGCCAUUUCCUUGCGGCGUUUUUCACAGGAGGAUUUUCUUCACUACAAGCUCCAGAUGGCAGUGCUUUCAUCCACUCACGCCCUGGACCCUCAGUCGGCUCUCUCCACUUCUCUCCAGCAAUUGGCAGAAAAGUUUCGACGGCGCGGGGCAGCGUACUUCGACAGCUCGGCGACGGAUGACUGUGUGUCGAACGGAGAUCGCGUUCAUGUCAAUGUGGGAUAUCCGAGAAUGCUCGCCGCAUGCGGCUGUUGCUUUGAAGCCGUGACUUGGCUCAUGGACAAUGCAUGCCUCUUCAAACGGUCUUCGCUUCUUCUUCUCCUCAUCCUACGUGCGUGCGGUGUUGGUCGCCAUCCGCUGUUGAAACAACUCGAUCCGUCUGUCGCCAAGUUUGGUUAUUCCGAUAACUCUGUACCAAGGCAAGAUCGUCAGCGAGAAGACACGUCGAGCUUUGCCCGGCUUGUUGAGAAGGGCUUGGAAGGCAGCAGUGUUUUGGCGAAGAUCAUGAUCAUGACAGUUGUGCCAGCGUCUCAAUGGUGUACCCUGAGUCGCUCCCUCGUGGCCCGCCACUUUGCAGUUGUCUCCUCGCCAGCUGUUUUGGGCUCCCUCUCGGCUGACGGAGAUGCAAUCCACCCAGGUCUUCUCGAUCGCGUGCUGAGAAGCUCGACAUUGUCACCUCCGGAGAGUGGACCACAACGACCUGGCCACGAGCUCUCCGAGGUCGCCAACUUGAGUGUGGAAAAAAAGAACCACAGACUUCUCCUUUGCCUUUACGCAGAGAUCAGAGACGAUGGCAGACGCCGACGGGCUUUAGUUGAGGCUUUCACCGCUGCGUGGCUUCUUCGCGACUUCCACUCUUGUCUAGAGAUCCUCUCCGAGGCGUUUGACGGCGAUGUGUUCUCCAACUUUGACUGCCCACCGGACGAGGCGGAGCGUCGGAAAGCGAAAUUCUUCGUGGCAGCGUACCCGCUUUUGCAGUGCUGCCUGUCGUCGAGGGAAGCACGGGAGCUUAACGUGUCGUGGCUGCAGGCGCAGAUUCUGUGGCGCACACGCCAAAGCGAAUUCCAUUCUGCCCUCGCGCUGUUCACCGAGCUCAACCGAUCCGCCGAGCCGUUACUCUCCCUUCCGUCCCUUUCGGCCGCUCCAUGGGCUGAGGGGAGACUUCGUAUGGCGAGCUCCCCCGGCAUCGCUCGCUUAGUUGAUUGUCUCGCCUACCUGCUUCUUCGCCUGGCCGAGAGGGGAGAGCCGCUGCAUUCUCUUAUCUCCCACAAGCUCCUGAUUCAGGUGCAUGAGGUGUGCAUGGCUCUGCCGCCUUCAGCUUCGCCUCGGCUUUCGAGGACUCGUGCUACUCUGAACGAGUUUUUGCGGCAAUACACAGGCUCCGAAUGCGCUCCACUAGUUUUCUAG